AUGACAUCCUCUAAUAAAACUGACAGCUCCCCAAUUUUCCUCCUGACAGGCUUUCCUGGAUUAGAAAAACACCACUUCUGGAUUUCCAUUCCUAUCUGCUCCAUGUACCUAAUAGCCAUUACAGGGAACUGCGCCAUCCUCUUUGUCCUCAAGACAGAUCAAACACUCCAUGAGCCCAUGUACUAUUUCCUUUCUUUGCUGGCCCUCUCAGACCUGGGCUUAUCUUUUGCUUCUUUGCCCACGAUGCUAAGUGUCUUGUGGUUCAAUCACCGUAUGAUCUAUUUCGAUGCCUGCUUGGUCCAGAUGUACUUCAUCCAUACCUUCUCCAUUGUUGAGUCUGGUAUUCUACUCUCUAUGGCCUUUGAUCGCUUGGUGGCCAUCUGGAACCCUCUGAGAUACACAAGCCUUUUGACCUAUGAGAUGGUCAUCAAGAUUGGAGUGGGAGUGACUCUUCGAGCUGCUUUACUUGUGUUCCCAACCUCCUUUCUCCUAAAGCGUCUGGAGUAUGGAAGGAUGAAUGUCCUCUCUUAUUCUUUCUGCUUGCACCAGGAUAUUCUGAAGGUAGUGCUCUCAGACAGAAGAAUUAGCAGCAUCUAUGGCUUGAUGGUAGUGGUGUCUUCUAUGGUUCUUGACUCUGUAUUGCUUGUUUUGUCAUAUGUUAUGAUCCUCAAAACCGUGUUAAGUAUUGCCUCUAAGGCAGAGCGUCUCCGGGCGUUGAAUACCUGCAUCUCCCAUAUCUGUGCUGUCCUAACCUUCUAUACACCAAUGAUUGGACUCUCCAUGAUCCAUCGAUAUGGGAAAAAUGCUUCCCCGGUUGUUCACAUCCUCAUGGCCAAUGUCUAUCUUUUAGUACCACCCCUUAUGAACCCCAUUGUGUACAGUAUAAAAACCAAACAAAUUCGGAUGAGAAUCUUUAAAAGUCUACUGAAAAGUAAAGAGUCAACUAUGACCUCUUAG